GCGGGGCAGGGCCGUGAGGGCGGGCUGCGCAGGCGCAGACCUGGCUUCAUGCGCGUGAGGGGGCUUCGGACCGGAAGUAGUGGUGUCCGCGGCUGUCGGUGAGCAUCCAGGGCCUGAAAACCUGGAAAGAACUUGUGUUUCUCCUAGAGAUCUCUGCAGGAGUCAUGAAGUGGUGGGUGUGACACUAGCUCAGCCUGGCCGCUGGCUACUGCCUCCGUUUUAUGUGGUGAUCCUGAAGGAAAAUUAGCUCUUUGAAGAGAAAGUGGUUCCUUAUUGCAGACACUGGCCUCUUUUGGAGGCAAGAAAUGAAUGAGAAUAUAUGGUCCACAUGAUCAGAACUGAGGUCAAUUUUGGGACUGCUUUGUGAUUAGCAGUAUGCCUCCUCCCAGGGGAAGGGAGGGGAGGGAUCACCGAGACCACCACUGGACUCCUAGUGAGGAAGAGGCCCCAGAAAAAUGGGACUGGAAUUGUCCAGAGACUCGUCGCCUCUUGGAGGAUGCCUUCUUCCGGGAUGAGAAUUAUAUCCGUCAGGGUUCUGAGGAAUGCCAGAAGUUCUGGACCUUCUUUGAACGCCUGCAGAGAUUCCAGACUCUCAAGACCUCCAAGAAGGAGGAGAAAGACCCUGGGUCUCCCAAACACCACAUCCCAGCUCUGGCUGACCUACCUCGCACUUAUGACCCACGCUACCGCAUCAACUUGUCCAUCCUUGGCCCUGACACUCGGGGCUCUCGGGGACCAAGCAGUCGCCUGCCCCCAGAGAGAAUAUCUGAGUUCCGCCGAGCCUUGUUACACUACCUGGACUUUGGCCAGAAGCAGGCCUUUGGGCGACUGGCCAAACUGCAGCGUGAGCGGGCAGCUCUUCCCAUUGCCCAGUAUGGGAACCGCAUCCUGCAGACAUUGAAGGAGCACCAGGUGGUGGUGGUGGUGGCUGGAGACACAGGCUGUGGCAAAUCUACUCAGGUGCCCCAGUACUUGCUGGCUGCUGGCUUCAGUCAUGUGGCGUGUACCCAGCCACGGCGAAUUGCCUGCAUCUCACUGGCCAAGCGUGUUGGCUUUGAGAGCCUCAGUCAGUAUGGCUCACAGGUUGGCUACCAGAUCCGCUUUGAAAGCACACGUUCAGCGGCCACCAAAAUCGUGUUCCUGACAGUGGGGCUACUUCUGAGGCAAAUCCAGCGGGAGCCCAGCCUGCCCCAGUAUGAGGUCCUGAUCGUGGACGAGGUCCAUGAGCGGCAUCUUCACAAUGACUUCCUCCUGGGUGUCCUGAGGCGCCUGCUGCCCAAGCGGCCUGACCUCAAGGUCAUCCUCAUGUCGGCCACCAUCAACAUCUCUCUCUUCUCCAGCUACUUUGGCAAUGCCCCUGUGGUGCAGGUGCCUGGGAGGCUGUUCCCCAUCACGGUUGUAUACCAGCCACAGGAGGCAGAGCCAACGACAUCCAAGUCAGAGAAACUGGACCCACGGCCUUUCCUGAGGGUGCUGGAGGCCAUUGAUAAUAAGUACCCACCUGAGGAGCGAGGGGACCUCUUGGUCUUCCUCAGCGGCAUGGCGGAGAUCAGUAUUGUGCUGGAGGCUGCCCAGACCUAUGCCAACCACACCCAGCGCUGGGUGGUACUGCCGCUUCACAGUGCCCUCUCUGUGGCCGACCAGGACAAGGUAUUUGAUGUGGCACCGUCUGGAGUCCGGAAAUGUAUCCUCUCCACCAACAUUGCUGAGACCUCGGUCACCAUCGAUGGGAUCCGCUUUGUAGUAGAUUCUGGGAAGGUGAAGGAGAUGAGCUAUGACCCGCAGGCCAAAUUGCAGCGGCUGCAGGAAUUCUGGAUCAGCCAGGCCAGCGCAGAGCAACGGAAAGGCCGGGCUGGCCGCACAGGCCCUGGAGUCUGCUUCCGCCUUUAUGCCGAGUCCGACUACGAUUCCUUUGCCCCCUACCCUGUUCCGGAAAUCCGGAGAGUGGCUCUGGAUGCCCUGGUGCUACAGAUGAAGAGCAUGGGUGUGGGGGAUCCCCGAACCUUCCCCUUCAUUGAGCCUCCGCCACCAGCCAGUCUGGAAACUGCCAUUCUCUACCUCCGGGACCAGGGUGCCCUGGACAGCUCGGAGGCCCUCACCCCCAUCGGGUCUCUGCUAGCUCAGCUGCCUGUGGACGUCGUGAUUGGGAAGAUGCUGAUCCUGGGCUCCAUGUUCAACCUGGCCGAGCCUGUGCUCACCAUCGCGGCCGCCCUCAGUGUCCAGUCGCCCUUCACUCGCAGUGCCCAGAACAGCUUGGAGUGUGCAGCUGCCCGGAGGCCCCUGGAGAGUGACCAGGGUGACCCCUUCACACUUUUUAAUGUCUUCAAUGCCUGGGUGCAGGUGAAGUCUGAGCGGAGCAGAAAUUCACGCAAGUGGUGCCGCCGCCGGGGUGUAGAGGAGCAUCGUCUAUAUGAGAUGGCCAACCUGCGGCGCCAGUUCAAGGAGCUGCUGGAGGACCAUGGGCUCCUGGCUGGGGUCCAGGCAGUGACACCAGGCGACAGCUACAGUCGGCUACAGCAGCGCCGGGAGCGCCGGGCCCUGCACCAGCUGAAGCGGCAGCAUGAGGAGAGCGGGGGCCGCAGGCGAAAGGUGCUGCGGCUGCAGGAGGAGCCCGCUGACUUCUCCAGCGAUGAGGAGCAUGCUGGCCCAGCCCCCCGAGGGGCCGAGGACAGUGUGGACAUCCAGGAUGUGAAGUUCAAGCUUCGGCACAACCUGGAGCAGCUGCAGGCAGCUGCCAGCUCAGCCCAGGACCUGACCCGUGACCAGCUGGCCAUGCUCAAGCUGGUGCUGGGCCGGGGCCUUUACCCUCAGCUGGCCGUGCCUGAUGCCUUCAACAGUGGCCGCAAGGACUCAGACCAGGUCUUCCACACUCAGGCCAAGCAGGGCGCCGUGCUGCACCCCACCUGCGUCUUUGCCAGCAACCCCGAGGUGCUGCACGCACAGGAGCAGGAGGCUGCGGGCCCCACAGGGAGCCGAGAUGACAAGGACAAGAUGAGCAGUAAGCACCAGUUGCUCACCUUUGUCUCCCUGCUGGAGACCAACAAACCAUACCUGGUGAACUGCGUCCGCAUCCCGGCCCUCCAGUCCCUCCUGCUGUUUAGUCGCUCCCUUGACACCAAUGGUGACUGCUCCCGCCUGGUAGCCGAUGGCUGGCUGGAGCUACAGCUCGCGGACAGUGAGAGUGCUGUCCAGCUCCUGGCAGCAUCCCUGCGGCUCCGUGCCCACUGGGAGAGUGCCCUGGACCAGCAGCUGUCUUACCAAGCCCGGCGGCGGCAGCUAGAAGAGGAAGAAGAGAUGACUGCAGUGGUCAGUCGCAAGGAGGUGGCAGCCCUAAGCCGGGAGCUGCUGCAGUUCAUGACAUCCAAGGUUCCCUAUAGCCUACGGCGGCUCACAGGGCUGGAGGCCCAGAACCUCUAUGUGGGACCCCAGACCAUCACGGCUGCCCCCAGUCUCCCUGGCCUCUUUGGCAGCUCCACCCUGUCCCCCCAUCCCACCAAGGGGGGCUACACUGUCACUGACUUCCUCACUUACAACUGCCUCACGAGCGACACGGACCUGUACAGUGACUGCCUACGCACCUUCUGGACCUGCCCCCACUGUGGCCUGCACAUGCCCCUCACGCCCUUGGAGCGCAUUGCCCACGAGAACACCUGCCCGGAGGCCCCACAGGACCUCGCCCCAGGGACUGAGGAGGCCACCCCCAAGCCCUUGCAGAAGGCGUCCACCUUGCAGAGGCCUUACCACUGCGAGGCCUGCCAGAAGGACUUCAUGUUCACGCCCACCGAGCUGCUGCGGCAUCGAAGACAGCACGUCUGAGCUGUACUGGGGACCCUGGCCGCCCCCUCACCCAGUGCAGGGCGCUGCCCACAGGCCUACCUGUCCCCCACUAUGGACCAGGGCCGGAACUGCAGGCAGCCCUCGCCUGGGCUCAGAAUUGUGGCCUGGUCCCAACCCAGUGAACCUGGAAAUAAAAUCUCAUGCUGACUCUGC